UCAAAAGAACCAUACCAAACAAAUAAAUAAUGUCCUCCGCAAUCCUCUCCCCCAACACCGGGAUCACUCCCGCUGCCACUCCCCACUACCAGUCUAACCCAGACCGAUACACCCUCGAUGACUUAGUAGCCUCUAUAAAAGAACAUCUCGGAGAGCAAGGUGGCAUCUCGUCCGAAGAAGUCAACGAGGAAUACCUCAUCUCCCUCGCCAAAAAGUACAACUCCAACCCAGCGGACUGGGCGCCCUACUGCUACAACGACCCCAGCAAGAACUACACUCGCAACGCAAUUGAAAACAUCAACAACAAAGCGAACAUUCUCUUAUUAGUAUGGAACCCGGGCAAAGGCUCCCCCAUCCACGACCACGCCAACGCCCACUGCAUCAUGAAAGUCCUCGCCGGCGAGCUCUGCGAAACUGUCUAUCGCGCUCCCCCUUCGUCUGCCCAUGACGACCACGAGUCCGGGUACGGUUCCGGGAGUGGGACCGAUGGGGAACAGACCGACAAGCCGCUGCAGAUCAAGUCGGUAAACACCCAUGGCCCUAACGAGGUGGCCUAUAUCUCGGAUGAGAUUGGGUUGCAUCGUGUGCACAACCCGAGUUCCUCGCGUUUGGCGGUUUCUCUUCAUUUGUAUACCCCGCCUAAUGCUGCCGACUACGGGUAUAACAUCUUCGAUGAAAAGACUGGGAAGGCGUGUUUCGUGCCGCAGGCGAAGUCAGUUGCGCAAUCUUCAGAGUGUACCCAGUCAUAGGUAUCUUCUGGUUGGUUGAUUGCGCCUUGUCUCGGUUUCAUAGGUGGGAGUUGCGGGAUUAUAUUGUCGUUAUUAUCUGACGCGUUCGAGCCGGCAUGAUUGCUUUCAGUAUUGUUAUUAUCACACGGCAUACUCAGCUGGAAUGAGA